AUGUGGGACCAAGUUCGGACGUGUAUGUGUGUGCAGUAUGGCGCAGUCCUACUACUCGUUGCGACUGGCUUUCUGUUGAUUCGAAAAUGGAUUGUUGGUGCCACCUGCACAAGUCAAACUUGCCUUAAUGGAAAGACAGUACUGAUCACAGGAGCCAACACUGGCAUUGGCAAGGAAACAGCAUUGGAUAUGGCUCGCAGAGGGGCUCGGGUGGUGAUGGCUUGUCGGGAUCUGACACGGGCUGAAGCGGCUGCAAAUGAAAUCAGGCAAUCUACAGGAAAUGGGAAUGUGGUAAUUAGACACCUAAACUUGACUUCCCUUCAUUCAGUUCGUGAGUUUGCCAAGGAGUUCUUAGCCACAGAGGAACGACUGAAUAUACUUAUCAACAAUGCAGGUGUAAUGAUGUGUCCCAAGUGGAUUACAGAGGAUGGCUUUGAGACCCAGCUGGCUGUUAAUCACUUGGGCCAUUUUCUGCUCACCAAUUUGCUUUUGGAAAAAAUUAAGAGCUCUGCCCCCAGUCGUGUGGUGACUGUUUCCAGUAUUGCACAUAUUGGCGGAAAAAUUCAUUUUGAUGAUCUGUUUUUUGAGAAAAGGCCAUACAACUCUUUGGUUAGCUACGGACAGAGCAAGCUGGCUAAUGUGCUUUUCUCCAGAGAACUUGCUCGUCGGAUGAAAGGUACUGGGGUGACCUCUUACAGUCUGCACCCUGGAGUAAUCCACACAGAGCUGAGUCGCCAUAUUAAGUCUUGGUUCCCCCUGCUGAAGUAUGUAUACUCACCUGUUAGUUACAUGCUGUUGAAGACACCCUGGCAGGGUGCGCAGACGUCCAUCUUCUGUGCUGUAACAGAGGGCCUGGAGAACAAGUCUGGGUGCUACUUCAGUGAUUGUGCUGAGAAAGAGCCUGCACCAGAAGCUAAAGAUGAUGAGGUAGCACGAAGACUGUGGGAAGAGAGUGCCCGACUGGUGGGUCUAACUACUGAGCAGAGGUUUGAACAUCAGCAGCAUUAACAUCUUUGAAUCUGAUGUUUUUUCUAAUUAUGGAAUUGAUUGUAGAUAAUACCGUCACUAAGCAACAGUAUCCAAAGACAUGUGACUGUAUAGUAUACAUAUACCCUAAUUCACACCUUUGGAAUUAGCGUGACCAAAACAUUAGACUUAGUGAAAUGUUUACAGUAUACGGGCUAAAUAGUUUAAGUAAUUUUUGUACUACUGAGAGUUGUCAUUUACUUUAGGUCAAAACAUAGCGGCUGAUUAAAUAUUAUUAGUGUAGAAGUUUUAGGUGAAGAAAAAGAGCAUUGAGUCAUGACUCAAUCUCACUCUGACCAAAUGCUUUCACUUGUGUAGUGGUACAAAACAUAAGUUUGAGAAAUAGUAGAGUUACUGGAGCAACUAGUGCAGUUUGCAUUCAACAUACAUUUGAUCAUUCAUGAUCAUCCAAUCGUAAUCUCAGGGAACAACAUGCAUAUUGUCUUUCCAGCCUAAUUUGAUGUUUAACGAUGUUUAAAAUAAGGGCUAUUGCAGUGUAUUAUUUCAUUUGAAAUGCACUGUAAAGUGUAACUAAACCACUUGAAUAUUGUCAUAAGCUGUAUGUAAUGUACACAUUGUAAGUUUGUCUAUCACAGAUAUCCCCACCAACCUACAUCAUGAAUUUCUUAAUGUCUUACAUGAAACAUGAAAUAUGACCUUAUAUAUAAAACGUUUUCUACACAGAAAAUAAAACAGUAGACCAGAGUUAAUCUUUCUUAAUUGAGAUUUGAGUAUGAUAUUUGUAAAACUCCUCAUAUAAAACUAUAUGCUCUAGGUUUCCAUCUGACACUGCAUAGGAUUUUUGUGAAGUAUUAAAUGUAAAAGGCUUAUUCAACCACUGGUCCAUUUUUUAUGCUCUUUUGACCUUUGGUCGAUUAUAUGAUGUCCGGUUACUCAUAUGCAUCUCAACAGUCUGCAGUCAUCUUUAUGAACCAUCAUACGUUUUUAACAGGAGACAGAACUUGACUGUAGACAAACCAGUUCAUCACACACAUACUGUGUCUACAAAGCCAUACUGUUGUAGUACAUGCAUAAUGAGGCCUGGCAUUGUUUUGCUGAAAUAGCCACUGACUUAUUUUGCCCCUUUUGAGUAUGCUACAGGUAUCAAAUUCAAAUUUUGUUAUAUUUACAAAAUACAAUUAAGUUGUUUAGCCAAAACAUUAAAUGUAUUCCUUUUGUAAAUCUGUCCAUUUAAUAAAAGUUGAACAUGAAAAAUGAACAAAUUUCAA